GCAACGUAGAUAUAUGCGUAACUUCCCCGGAUGUCGGUCUUUUUUUCAUAGCAAAGGUAAGAAUGGUUUCUCCCCACAUAACGGCAUAAAUAAAAUCGGUGUUCAUCUGUGCAAAAUGGACUCAAUAACAAUUUCCCACUCGCAUGGGAAUGUUAUUUGUAUCCUAAACAGUUAAUAUAUAUGAAAAUUGUUGUGAUUUGUGUGGUGACUUAUAAAUAAAUUGCUUUAUGUUUCGGAAGUUUAGGCCCACGGCUACAUGCUAGCGCAACGCAUUGUAACUCUUGAGCAGAUUUCACGUUAGACUAAUAUUACGUUUAUGUACCCUGAUUAUACGAUAGUGGCUUGUCAGGGGAUUGGACUUAUGUAUGUGUAAUGGCUUAUAGAGAAUUACCCAAACAUAGUCAAAAGGUUAACCAACUAGGUUGCUAGAUGUAGCUACUAGCUAUGGUAUAACGUUGUCAUGCGUGCGUGUACACUUUCUCCAGUUUGAGGUGUUUUUGCGAACUCUGGCAAAUUGACAAGUCUGUCGUGUCUAAUUAGUUAACAAACUGUCGAAAUGUCAACGUUUUACCUGCACGCUGGCAUUCAUUUGUUUCUGUUAUGUUAGCAAGUCGCAGAUGUGUACUAUCGAAAUGUUCAUGGGAAACUAACGUUAACUACUUAACAAUGGCUAAAAGGCCAUCACCCAGUAUGGGGCCUGCUGGUUAUACUGUAUUGGAAAAUGACAAACCAAUAUUUUGGUUACCUGUUAUUGAAUAUCUGGAGCCACAUAUGUGCCCAACUUAGUUUGUUAGCUCUCCUAACCUAUGACCUGCAACCUCCGAGCAUCAUACCGUCAAAGGAUCUAGCUGGCCAGCAUGAUCAGUUCAUGAUUCACCAGCAAUGUAUCCUGUAAUUCUAUUCUAUAAAUAUUGUUCUAUAGUAUUGUAUCCAUGUGAUUAACCUACUCUGGUCCCCUGGUCUGUCCCCAGAUGGCAGAGGGAGACAAGAAGAAAGUGGCCAAGAAGGCUCAUUGCAGCCGGAACCCUGUCCUGGCCAGGGGCAUCGGUCGCUACUCCCGCACCGCCAUGUAUGCCCGCAGGGCCAUGUACAAGAGGAAGACCAAGACCACUGAGACCAAGGUGAGAGAAGGGAGGCACACAGGCUGGGGGAAGCUGUCCCCUUGGUUCUCUACAUUGGACCUGUUAGGCUUCAAGUUUGUAUGUGUAGUGUACUGAAGUGUCUUGCUUGUUUCAGAUUGAGAAGAAGCUGAAGGUCAAGACUCCAUCCACAAUCACCAAGACUGUUGGCGGAGACAAGAAUGGAGGCACUCGCGUUGUCAAGCUGCGCAAGAUGGUGAGUCAUUGGCUCAAACAGUUUUCCUAAAUUGUAGUUGGUGUCAUGUUGCUCUUGGAUCAACAAAAUCGUCAGUGAGCUUUGUAUCUCACAAACAUUCAGCAGAUUGACUUUUCACCAUUUCAAUAUACUGCAGUAAGGUCUGAUUGUGAGGCAUGGCUGGUGUUAAAUGGUUCUACACCUGUGAAGUAGUGUUUGAUCCCCUGACUCUGUGCCCCCCAGCCCCGUUACUACCCCACAGAGGAUGUGGCACGUAAGCUGAAGAACCAUGGUAAGAAGCCUUUCAGCCAGCACAAGAGGAACCUGCGUGCCACCAUCACUCCAGGAACCGUGCUUGUACUGCUCACUGGGCGCCACCGCGGAAAGGUGAGAUCACACACUCAUGCAUGCACAAACACACAUCACCGCUGAAACAGACUCACCCCCCGGAAUAGUCCUUGUCCUGCUCACAGGACACCAGUGCAUGAAGGUGAACACUCACAUGGCUACACAUGACACUGCCAUCACUCAUAAAUAUACAUUGCUUUCACAUGCUCAAGCUAACUCGCAGUAGCAUUAUUUUGCAACCUAUGAUAUUGCUGAGAUGGUGUGCUGUGCACACUAUUCUAAACACUGUUGUUGCACUGCUACCCUCCUUAGAACUGUCCUUUGCUCUACAUGUGAUAAGCUGCAUGAUACUCCCACACUACCAAAUCAGUUUCCUUCUUUCCCACACUGAAAAACACACAUUCAAGCCUCACACAUCCAUACUACAGUAGUGCCCACACACAGGACUGUGCCCACACACUGAAUGCACGUAGCAGGGCCUGCUGCUAUGGUUUCAGCUUUAAGUGCAGCUCAAUUGGCAGAGGACACUCGCAGCAUUGUAUUGGAAGCACAUAAAUGUGUGAAGUGGAGAAUUUCGAGUUGAUAAACAACAUCUGAACAGACUUGUUAAAGAUUUAUGUAAUGCUUUUCCCAAUACAUUUUUAAAUUGGCAGUGGUCUAGUACAAUUUUGUUAUACUAGUGUUGUGGAUAUUUUUCUUACUGUAACAAAGUAGAUUGAUCAGCUCUACAUUCUAAUGGAAAGCCAGCUUGUUUGGUUUCGGCUAUGGCAGUAUUACCAUUGAUUUUAGAAGUCUUCAUAGUUUUUCAGAACCAGGAUUGGUUAUCACUUCAGUAGCAUGUACAUGUGGUAGCUCAGCUGGUAGAGCACGGCGCUUGUAACGCCAAGGUAGUGGGUUCGUUCCCCGGGACCACCCAUACACAAAAAUGUAUGCACGCACGACUGUAAGUCGCUUUGGAUAAAAGCGUCUGCUAAAUGGCAUAUUAUUAUAUUAUAUUAUGUUGCCCUGUGCAAUGCAGUAACUGACUCUUCUCUCCCCUCAGCGUGUUGUGUUCCUGAAACAGCUCUCCAGUGGUCUCCUGCUUGUAACUGGUAAGAACAACCAGUGCUUUGAAACAUUCCUAUUAAUCACAGUGAAUAGGCAAAACAAGUGUUGCAUAGAGUAGUUCUGUUCGGAAUGUCCAGUGAGAUUUUAUAGCUCACAUUCACGUCUGUGCAGCUGCAGUACCUCAUCAGGUAGCCUUAUCUUGAUGUGAUGUUUGGAAAAGUAUGCUGUUCUUGCGUUUUCGGUUGUAACUUAAUCACCCUCUUGCUUUCUCCAUCCUCUAGGUCCCCUGGCCCUGAACCGUGUCCCCCUGCGCAGGGCACACCAGAAGUUUGUCAUUGCCACAGCAACCAAGGUCGACAUCUCUGGCAUGAAGAUCCCCAAGACUCUGUCAGACGCCUACUUCAAGAAGAAGCGGCUGAGGAGACCCCGCCACCAGGAGGGAGAGAUCUUUGACACAGAGAAAGAGGUCAACCCCACACUAUACACACUUGCAAACCCUCCUGGGAUUUAGACUAGUGGGAGGGAGGAGUAAUGGUGACUAUUGAGUGUUGUUGUUGGACAGGUAGCAUAAAAGCCAUGGCGCAUACAUCCUAAUCCUACAUUCCAUAGAAUGUUAUUUGGAGAAUGCAGUCAGUAACCAUGUUUCCAUCCACGAGUAAAGUCAUACCGUAUUUAAAAAAUAUAUAUAUAUCAGGACCGCUGUGAUUGGAAACAGGAAGUUUUGGUACAAUUUUAUAAAUGCCGACGUUUGUUCGACAUGGUUGGAUCAUUUUGACGGUAAAAUUAUGCGAGAAAUGGUGCAAAUAUUUAUAUAAUAACUGAGUCACGUGAUGACAUGGUGUAUGGUCCUCCCACUACGACUCGGAAACAUAGUUUUAGGCUACAGAUGAAAUAAGUUAUGAACUUCACAGGGUUGUGAAAGUGCAAGGUAUGAGCUUGAUGCUUCUUUCCAAUAAAUGUUGAGGGUCUUAUUCUGGUGACAUGAUCGAUGCUUCACAGCCGUUUGACAAAUAAAAAUAUUCUCGCUCUUAUCCAUAAUAAUCUCGUGUUGUAGACCAACCUACCUGUAUCUGCGAGCUGUUGGCUAGAGCUUACGUGCCAAGACCAGAGUAGGCACAUUUGCUAUUUAAAGCAACCGUUUUUGUGACAAAACUGUUGGUAGAGUUGAAAAUGCGAUGGAAACACAUUGAACACUAAUUUUUAUUCGGUACAUGAAAACUUAAGUGAAAAAGUACAUUUUGUGUGCACUGUCAUCACGCACUGAUUUUUAUCCGCCACAAUUCAGUUUGGUGGGAAAACGCGCAUAUUUGAUUUAUGCAUCUUUUUUUGAAUAUUCACAUGACUGUCGCCAAUUGGUUGGAAACCUAGCAGUUUAUCCUGACAGUGCAACUCUUUUGAUUGGGAGUGGGUCGUUUGCUCAAUAUAUGGUGAAUAACGGUUCUUCCCUCUUUGGUUGUGGCUAGAAAAUGCUUUUAACUGGGAUGUCACAAGCUAAGUUCUGACAAACUCUUACCUCUUCCUUUCCACCCUCUACAGAAGUACCAGUUGACAGGGCAGAGGAAGGAGGACCAGAAGGCUGUGGACUCUCAGCUGCUGCCCCUCAUUAAGAAGGUUCCCCAGCUGAAGGGCUACCUGCGCUCUUCUUUCUGCCUCUCCAACGGGGUCUACCCUCACAAACUGGUUUUCUAAAUGUGUUGUAAUAAAGAGUACCACCACAGUCCUAUCCCA